CUCAUCUGUGUGUCACUGCUCUCCCCUGCUUGACUGAGACACACACACAGAAGGAAACACAUACAAACAGGAGAAGAAGUGAACAUUAAAGGAACUAUUCCUGCUGACUUGGAUUGGAGACAUGACCAAAGAGACUGAGACUCUGGGACUGGUCUUUCAGAGCGAGAACUUCAACUAUAACCGUUACACUAACCACAUCAUGGACCCUUGGUCCUACCUGGAGAGCAGCGUACCUGAGCAGAACCACUCCAAACCCAGACUCCACCCAGGAGACGACCUGGCAGCCAUAACCAUGCUUUAUGAGCAGUGCAAGAAUCAGAAAGAGCAGAAGAUUUCUGCAUGCAACCGCACUGGAAUUAUGUGCAAAACAGAGAGGAAUCCAACCAGCACCAAUGACUUUGCAUCGCUGGAGACGUCCGCCAACGUCAUGAAGAUCCUCUCUGAGAAUGUUCCCAUGAACCAUCCCCAGGACAUUUUGGGAUCCAAGCACAACACCUCCCUGCCAAUCUCUGUCCCCACCACCUCCGACACCUACGCCACCCUUACCAGCGUCGUAGCCGACACGUAUGACAAGCAGGAGCUCAACAUCAUCUUUGACUCCCUGCUGCAGAAAUGGCCAGAGCCCGGCACAUUCCCUGAUCCCAACCCAGAGACUCUCCCCUACAGCGACCCCUUCCCUGAGGACCACUCUAGCCCGGUCUACUCUGGCUCCUACACCAGCUCCCCGCCAGAGAGACUCAGGAACGAGUUCCAGUUCUCCCUGGGAGCUCCCAUGGCUUCUCCUUACAAGUCCAAUGAGCUGCCCAUGGUCUACCUGAACAAGGGCCAGUUUUACCCCAUCACUCUCCAUGGAGUGGACAGCAACGCCUGUAUUAAUGCCACCAAAGUCAAGACCGUGGUGAUGGCCGUGUUUGAGAAUGACAAGACCCCAGAAAUGCAGCUUCGCUUCUGGAAUCACUGGCAUGCACGCCAGCCAACCAUCAAGCAGAGGGUCAUUGACAUCGCUGACUACAAAGAAGUGUUCAGUGGCAUCAGUGACAUCGAGGAAGUGGCCUUCAAUGCGCUCUCCUUUGUGUGGAACCCCAACGAAGAGGCCAAGGUGUACAUUGGCAUCAACUCCCUGAGCACUGACUUCUCCUCUCAAAAGGGAGUGAAAGGCCUGCCUCUCAACAUCCAGAUCGACACUUACGACUUCAGCUCGGGAACCAACCAGCUCAUACACAGAGCUGCGUGCCAGGUCAAGAUUUUCUGCGACAAGGGUGCAGAGAGGAAGAUGCGCGAUGAGGAGAGGAAGAGAAGCAAAAGGAGGGGAAAGAAUGAUGCUGGAGCCAACAAGUCCCUGGUGAGCAGCUCCGUGGGCAGCGACUGCACCUUCUUCCAGACCCUGGACGACCACGGCACCCAGCCAGUUCUCUUCAUCCCAGAAACGCACUUCUCCAGCUUGCAGCGCAUUGUCACUCCCAUGGACGAGAGCGAUAGGAGUUGUAUGAAGAGAUCCUUUCAAGACAGAGACCAGAGCGGCUCUCCACCCUGCAAGCAAGCCCGCAAAGAAGACCCGCAAAGAGUUCUGCUUUACGUGAGGACUGCUGCUGAAGAGGUGUUUGACGCGCUCAUGCUCAGCACGCCGACUGUGUCAGGCCUACGAGAAGCCGUUUCAGAAAAGUACGGCAUGCAAAAAGACACCAUCGGGAAAAUCUACAAAAAAUGCAAGAGAGGGAUUUUCGUCAACAUGGACGACAACAUCAUCGAACACUACACCAAUCAGUCGGCCUUCCUCAUCGAGAUGUCUGAGAUCGCUGGCGGUCAGUUCCAGGUCACUCUCGUUGAAGUAUGAGGGCCGGCUUCCACUUGAAGGAUGUAAGAAGUUACAGCUGCCGGUUUUAACCAUCUCUCGAAGCACUGCCCAAUCCCUGAUAAUAUAAGCUGUGGACUGCUGACACCAGUAAGAGAACCGGACUGAAGAGACCUUCAGAAGAGUCAAACCGUUUCUCGAUAUUUUUUUUUUUUAUUAUUUUUUUUUUUUUUUUGUAAAUACCACUCCCCCCUGUAAUAAUUUUUGUUAUUUGAAUUUAAUAUUAAGGGCCAUUAUGAACAGCCUGCAUGUAAAUGUAUAUAAUGUAAAUAGAUUUUAAUAUGACAGUGUUUUAUGAACUAGCCACGUGCAUGUCGCGACCCAUUUUUUUUCACGAAUUGCUAUGUAUUUCAAUUUUUUUUUUUUUUUUUUUUACAGAGCUCUGUGCAUGAUGUGUGUGCAGUUUAUUUUUCAGCAUUUUCAGAGGUUGCUAUUCUUGCUGCUUUCAAAUGUACACAUCAUUUCUUCCAUAAGACUCAAUGUUGCGUUCAUUCACCCACAACCUACUCAUUUUCAUUGCCGUAAGUAUCUUCUUUUAGGUUCCUUUUUAGUUUCGUGACUAAAAUGGCCCAACGCUGGGUUCAGUUCACAACGGAAAAAAGUCAGACAUUUCCACCCGUAAAACCACACAAGAGUUAGUAUUGGCCGUCAUUUAGCCCAAAGCUGUGGACAUUUCCUGACUGUAUUUAACCCCCUAAAGCCAUAGUAUGCGUGUGUAUGUGUGUGUGUGUUUUUGAAAAGUUGUAGGAUUCUUUUCUCUUAUAUCAAUACGCAUCAUUUCAAAGCAAACAUGUAUCCCUGUUAUAUUUCAUUAUUAUACCAUGGCAAUUCUGGUUUGUAUUAGCAUAUCUUGCCUCUUUUUGUAAAAAAAAAAAAAUAAAGAAAGAAAAUGCAUAUA